GUCGAGAUGGCCUCACACUCUCAGGUUUUAGUGGAAGAUAAAUCUAGUGUUAAGAUCUUGACACUAAACAGACCAAAGCAACUGAAUGCUCUAAACUCCAACAUGAUCACCCGGUUGCUGCAACUGUUCCUUGCAUUUGAGGAAGACCCUAAUGUGAAACUCGUCAUCCUAAAAGGUCAGGGAAGAGCCUUUUGUGUUGGUGGCGAUGCUACACCUGUUUUUCGUGACAUCAUUAUACAUGGCAAGUCAUGGAGAAUCGGUGCCGAUUUCUUCUCAGCUCAAUACACGCUCGACUAUGUCAUGGCCACGUAUAGCAAAGUUCAGAUUUCAAUUUUAAAUGGUAUUGUCAUGGGAGGCGGAGCUGGUAUCUCCGUCCAUGGUCGGUUCCGUAUUGCAACUGAGAAGACGGUUUUUGCCAUGCCUGAGACAGAACUGGGGCUCUUUCCAGAUGUAGGCGCCUCAUACUUCUUGUCAAGGCUCCCUGGAUUUUUUGGAGAGUAUGUUGGCCUCACUGGAGCUAGGUUAGAUGGGGCCGAAAUGCUUGCUUGUGGUCUUGCAACUCAUUUUGUGCCUUCAACGGUACUAACUUCUACUGCUUACGUCUUUACUGUUGUAUGUAAAUAUUUUUUGUAG